CACAUAUCCCCCAAAUUCUGGCCAGUCCUCCCAUCGUCCGAAGAAUUACGCCACCAAAUGUGCAGGCCACCCACCGUUCACCUCGUUGGCCUGUCCCGCAGACCGGCUCAAGCUCGACCUGAGGCCCUCGAUUUCAACGUCUGCUCUCUUUGGGUGCCGUCCACGCAGGCAUGCAAGGCGCGGAAAAACAAAUGGGACGUCGCUGUCCGGCGCGCGUACGGUGCAGAGCGGACGCUGUGAUGCGCCUAUUCUCCACAACAGCGACGCACACGACUGCGGGCUCUACUACCUGUCCGUCACGCACGGCGAAGAUACUGCACCUGUGCGCCCGUACCCGU